GCCAACAGCCAUUCGCUCUCCCACCGCCUCUCCGUCGACUGCAUUGCUUGGAAUUGUGAAGAGGCUUGAAUGAGGCCCAAGACAGAUCUAUAGCCCCGCCCCAGGUCCACGCGUUGGAGCUGAGGCUCACCCAUCGUCGCCCGCCAUGGCCGCUUCCUCUUCCUCCUCCUCCAACUCCAACUCCAUGCUCACCAAAUUCGAGUCCAAGUCCUCUCGCGCAAAGGGCAUCGCCUUCCACCCCAAACGACCAUGGAUUCUCGUCUCUCUCCACUCCUCCACCAUCCAGCUAUGGGACUAUCGCAUGGGCACCCUCAUCGACCGCUUUGAAGAGCACGAUGGCCCCGUGCGAGGCAUCGACUUCCACAAAACCCAGCCGCUGUUCGUGUCAGGAGGCGACGACUACAAGAUCAAAGUCUGGUCAUAUCAGACGAGAAGAUGUCUGUUCACACUGAACGGCCAUCUGGACUACGUGCGCACCGUCUUCUUCCAUCACGAGCUCCCAUGGAUCUUGUCAAGUUCCGACGAUCAGACUGUGCGGAUAUGGAAUUGGCAGAACAGGCAGCUCAUCUGCACCAUGACCGGCCACAACCACUACGCCAUGUGCGCACAGUUCCAUCCCAAGGAGGACCUCAUCGUCUCCGCCUCUCUUGAUCAAUCCGUCCGAGUGUGGGACAUCUCAGGGUUGAGGAAGAAGCACUCCGCCCCCACCUCCUCCAUGUCUUUUGAAGACCAGAUGUCGCGUCAAGCGCAACAACAGGCGGAUAUGUUUGGCAAUACAGACGCGGUGGUGAAAUUCGUCCUGGAGGGCCACGAUCGCGGGGUGAAUUGGGUGGCCUUCCACCCCACUCUCCCCCUCAUCGUUUCUGCCGGCGACGACAGACUCGUCAAGCUCUGGCGCAUGAGCGAGACAAGAGCGUGGGAAGUCGACACGUGUCGCGGCCAUUUCCAAAAUGCCUCCGCUGCCCUCUUCCAUCCACACCAGGAUCUCAUUCUCUCUGUGGGGGAGGACAAGACUAUCCGCGUGUGGGACUUGAACAAGCGAACAUCAGUCCAAUCGUUCAAGCGAGAGAAUGACCGCUUCUGGGUCAUUGCAGCACACCCAGAGAUCAACCUCUUUGCCGCCGGUCACGACAACGGAGUGAUGGUGUUCAAACUGGAGCGCGAAAGACCAGCAUCUGCCGUCCAUCAAAAUCAACUUUUCUUCGUCACCAAAGAAAAGCACGUGCGGUCUUACGACUUCACCAAAAACAUCGAAAGCCCGUCCAUGCUUUCGUUGAAGAAGCUCGGCAGCGCCUGGACCCCUCCUCGGACAUUGUCCUACAACCCUGCCGAACGAUCCAUUCUCCUGACUUCGCCAGCCGACAAUGGCGUCUACGAGUUGAUCAGCCUGCCGAAAGAUGCUUCUGGCGCUGUUGAACCGUCGAAUACCAUGCGUGGCACGGGCAACUCCGCCGUCUUCGUUGCUCGAAACCGAUUUGCCGUGUUCAAUCAGUCCACCCAACAGAUCGACAUCAAAGAUCUCUCGAACUCGACGACAAAGACUAUUAAGCCUCCUCACGGGACCACGGACAUGGUUUUCGGAGGUACUGGCUGCUUGCUUCUCAUCUCCCCUACUACAAUCUACCUCUACGACAUCCAGCAAAAGAAGCAGUUGGCCGAGCUCGCGGUUGCUGGAGUGAAAUAUGUGGUCUGGUCCUCUGAUGGCUUGUAUGCUGCGCUGCUGAGCAAGCACAACGUCACGAUUGUGGACAAGUCGCUCAAGCAGAUUAGUACCCUGCAUGAGACGAUCAGGAUCAAGAGUGCCUGCUGGGACGAUGCGGGAGUGCUUCUCUACUCGACACUCAAUCACGUCAAGUACACUCUGAUGAACGGCGAUAACGGGAUUGUGCGGACGCUUGAACACACAGUCUACCUGGUCCGGGUCAAGGGCCGCACAGUCUAUUGUUUGGAUCGCGCUGCCAAACCCAAGAUCCUCACCAUCGACCCUACAGAAUACCGCUUCAAGUUGGCGCUGGUUAAACGGCAUUACGAUGAGAUGCUGAACAUCAUCAAGAACUCCAGUCUGGUCGGCCAGAGUAUCAUCUCCUACCUGCAGAAGAAGGGCUAUCCCGAAAUCGCGCUGCAGUUUGUCCAGGAUCCGCAGACACGCUUCGAGCUUGCCUUGGAGUGCGGCAAUCUCGAAGUGGCCGUGGAUAUGGCCAAGCAGCUCGACCGGCCCGUUUUGUGGCAACGGCUCAGCAGCGAAGGACUCGCGCACGGCAACCACCAGGUGGUGGAGAUGACCUAUCAGAAGCUACGAAACUUUGACAAGCUCUCGUUCCUGUACCUGGCCACUGGUGAUGAAGAGAAGCUGCACCGCAUGGCCAAGAUUGCAGAGCAUCGAGGCGACAUUGUCAGCCGCUUCCAGAACUCCCUAUAUUUGGGUGAUGUGCAGAGCCGGAUUGAGAUGUUCAAAGAAAUCGAUCAGUAUCCUCUUGCCUAUUUGACUGCCAAAGCACACGGCCUCGACGACCAGUGUGAGGAGAUUCUCGAAGCCUGCGGCCUGACCGCGGAUACCGUGAGUUUGCCUUCGUUUGGGCAGCCGGUCGAGCCACCCAAGGCCGUCGCACCCACGUUCAAGUCCAACUGGCCGAAGAGGGCGACGGGCGCCAGCUCUUUCGAGAAAGCUCUUAUGGCGGAUGGCGAUGACACUGCAGCAGCAGAGACCAAUGGCUUUGUCGAAGAAGACCUGCUGGCCGAGGACAUUGUGGCUGAAGCCGGCGGCGAUCUGGAAGAGGCAGAUGAUGAAGACGCCGCUGCCGGAUGGGACAUGGGAGACGAUGCCGUUCCGGAGGUGGAAGAAGACUUUGUCAAUGUCGAGGCAGCGGAGGCCGGCGCCGGCAGCAGCGAAGCGGAUUUGUGGACGCGCAACUCUCCACUCGCCGCCGACCACGCCGCUGGUGGAAGCUUCGACAGCGCGAUGAACCUCCUCAACCGACAGAUCGGCGCCGUGAACUUCCAACCUCUGGAGCCGCGCUUCCUCGAGAUUUACCAGAGCACGCGCACGUACCUCCCCGCCAACUCCGGGCUUCCACCACUCGUGAACUACGUCCGUCGCACACUGUCCGAAACCGACUCGCGCCGUAUCCUCCCCCUCAUCCCCCGCGAUCUCGAGUCCAUUCAAGCGGGCGAGAUCACCGCCGGCAAGAACGCGAUGAAAGUCAACAAGCUAGAAGACGGCGUGCCCGCCUUCCAGAAAGCCCUGCACCUCCUCAUGGUCAACGCCUUCUCCUCGGCCGCGCAAGCGCAAGAAGCGCAAGCGGCCAUCCACUCCGCCGCGCAGUACGUCCUCGCCAUGUCCAUUGAAUUGGAGCGGCGCAAACUCGUCGGCAAGGAGACGGAUCUAUCGUCUUUCUCCGACGAGGACAAGAAGCGCGCGCUCGAACUUUCGGCUUACUUCACCGUGCCGGGCAUGGACAGCCAGCAUCAAACCCUCGCGCUGUUCUCCGCCAUGAACUUUGCGAAUAAGAAUAAGCAGCUGGGCAGUGCGCUGGGUUUCGCCAAUGCGUUGAUUGAACGCGGCACGAACGCAAAGUUCAAAGAGACUGCCCGCAAGCUCAAAUCCGUGGCCGAACGCUCGCCCACCGACCCGCUCGACGUGGAAUUCGACACAUUCGGCGAAUUCGACAUCUGUGCCGCCAGCUUCACCCCCAUCUACGCUGGGGAGGCGAGUUUUGCUUGCCCCUUUUGCGGCGUCAAGUAUCAUACCAAGUACAAGGGGACGGUGUGCAAGGUUUGCCAGGUUUCUGCUGUUGGCGCGCCGAGUAGUGGGUUGCGGUUGGUGGUUUGAGUGGUGUGUUUGUACUUGGUUUGGGGGAUGGGAUUGGGGAGGACGAUGAUGAUGCAUGAUGGGGGAGGUCAAAAGAUUGCGAUAGACUAUUAUAUCUUACAUAGUCUGACAAUGGCAUGAAAGCAAAGGCAUCAG